AUGACAGCGGUAGGAGGCGACCAUACAAGCUUCCAUACGAGCGGAAACACCGGGAAUGAUAAUUCACAACACGAUCGAAAUCUGCUUCUCAAACUUGAAUCUACCUUCGUGAAUAUGCCCUCAAAACCCAGUACGACCAAUGACAGAUCUGUGAAAACCUUCUCACAAAAUGAUAUCUUCAAAAAGUGCUCGGAACAAAUCAAAGAGUACGGAAUCAAAGUUUCUUCAAUAUGGAGAAACUCAAGUGUUGCGGUACUUACACACCACGCAUUGAUAUAUGAACCGAAUACAGUACUUAGUACGACAGGAGCUGUUUGCUGCACCUCAGGAGAAAAAACUGGAAGAUCACCCUUGGAUAAAAGAACGGUGCUAGAUGACGUUUCUAAGGACAAGGUAUGGUGGGGAAAAGUUAAUAUCGAACUCACGGAAUUGGCAUACACUAUCAACAGGGAACGUGCGGUAGAUUACUUCAAUCUACAGCAAAGACUAUACGUAACAGAUGCCUACGCAGGAUGGGAUGAUAAACACAGGAUACGCGUAAGAGUAAUCACCACAAGGGCUUACCAUGCGUUGUUCAUGAAAAAUAUGCUUAUAGAACCUACAAGAGAAGAAUUAGACUCAUUCGUACCAGACUUUGUUAUAUACAACGCCGGUGCAUUCCCUUGCAACAGGUACACCAAAGGAGUAUCGAGCUCAACCUCUAUAUGCCUAAACUACAAACGCAUGGAAAUGGUCAUUCUAGGAUCAGAAUAUGCUGGUGAAAUGAAAAAAGGAAUAUUCACACUUAUGAUGUAUCUCAUGCCUCUCAAAGGACUGUUGCCGCUACACUCAUCGUGUAACAUUGGAAAAAACAACGAUGUAACAUUGUUCUUUGGGUUGUCUGGUACAGGAAAGACAACUUUGUCAGCAGACAAUGCUCGUGGACUUGUAGGUGAUGAUGAACACGUCUGGACGGAUACUGGAGUAUUCAACAUAGAGGGUGGUUGUUACGCCAAAUGCAAAGAUCUAUGCCCUAAAAAAGAACCGGAAAUAUUUGGUGCUAUACGUUUUGGAGCCGUCGUGGAGAAUGUUGUGUACGACCCGGAUACACAUGAAAUUAAUUACGCAGAUUGCUCUAUUACGGAAAAUACAAGAUGUGCAUACCCUCUGAAACAUAUUCCCAACGUGGUAAUACCAGCAAGGGUGGAAUACCAUCCCUCGAAUAUAAUAUUCCUUACCUGCGAUGCUUUCGGAGUACUACCGCCAGUUAGCAAAUUGACAGUCGAACAGGCCAUGUACCACUUCGUCAGCGGUUACACCAGCAAGAUGGUAGGGACGGAAAUGGGUGUCUCAAGACCAACAGCAACAUUCUCAGCGUGUUAUGCGGAACCCUUCCUUGCUAUGCAUCCCGUAGUAUACGCAAAACUAUUAGAAGAAAAAUUACACAAGCAUUCGACGGACAUAUGGCUACUCAAUACCGGAUGGAUUCAGGGCACCAUAGAUUCGCAAAAGGGACGUCGUAUACCACUUAAGUACACCCGUGCCAUUGUUGACGCCAUCCAUAACGGUACCCUGAAAGACGUAAAAUGCCAACGUAUGGACGUAUUCAAUCUGAUGGUCCCGGUGGAGGUAGAAGGGGUGCCUGCAGAGGUACUAGACCAGCGUGCUGGUUGGGGUUCCUCGGAAUAUGAUGUGCAACUGAAACAACUGGCACAGAAAUUCGCCGAAAACUUCAAACAAUACCAGUCGGAAGCCAACGAAAGCAUCCUUCGUGGAGGCCCAGUAGAACUGUAG